AUGCACCCGAUGGUGUGGAAGAUUCUGAGCGGUGCGCUGCUGGUCUGCGUUCUCGUACAACAAUUUGGGCGCUCAGAGUCUGCAUGGCGAAGACCUUUGUUCAAGUCUGAAGUUGACGACCUAUCACUCCAGGCUGAAUGCCAAAACUCUCCGACUGGACCUCCAGCGUCGACUGUCUCAAAGUGGUCGUAUGAAUGGGAACGAGACGGUAACAGCCACGGCCUUAAUACCGAGCAGUGCAACUCAGCUUUUCCAGAACUGUUUCGGGAAGUGGAAAGGGCUACAGAAUAUUGGAAGGAUCGCGGCGUAAGCGAGAGCGACAUCGAACUGUUUGGCGGUAACCAUGGUGGCUUGCGAGUUCUCAUUCACGAUCAACAGGUCCGAGUUAUUAGGACAAGAGGCCUCUAUCGCGAUGACUUCCGACACCGCAUCAAUGCUGUCCUCCAGCAAAUACAGCGAGCCAUGACCGCCGCAGAGUGGGCAAACGAACCGUUCCCAGACAUGGAAUUCUCCGUUGUUGUUGACGACAUUGCUAUACUUCCGAAGGACAAACUCAGUGCAUUGUGGGCUUUUACGAGAUCGUACGGGAAAACUGCACACGACAGUCUCUUUGUUAUACCGGAUUUUCAUUUCUAUGCAGCUCCACCAGAAGCAGAGGGAUAUCCAGCGCAGCAGGCAAAGGCCCGAAAGCAUGAUUCCCCGAUUGAGCAAAAAAUUCCUCAGGUUGUUUGGCGAGGGGUCGAGUGGACAAACCGAGAUAUCAGGAGACCUUUGCUUGAAGUCACUAAUGGCCAGCCUUGGGCAGAUGUUGUAAGUAUGGAUUGGAAUGAUCGGAAGUCUGUCAUGUCCAUGGAAGAUUUUUGCAAGUAUCGGUUUGCAGUCAAUACAGAGGGCAGAGCAUGGAGUGCAAGAUUGACACAUCUCCUGAAUUGCGAUGGUGUGGUUUUGGUACAUGACGUGGAAUGGAUCGCCCACUAUUAUCACCUCUUGGACACCGAGAUCGAUUCUGCCGAAGGCGCCAAUUGUAUACACGUGGAAAGAGACUUCUCGAAUCUGAAAGCAAAGGUCGAAUACUACAACAAUCACACCGACGAGGCGCAGGAGAUUGCAACACGUGCAAGAAAGAUGUUUCGUGAGCGAUACACAUCCCCAGCUGCAACUUCCUGCUACUGGAGAAAUCUGAUGAGAGCAUGGAGCUCGAUUGCGUUUGAGCCAGCCAUUAUGGAGAAGAUGAAAGGCGGGAAGGAGAAGAUGAGGGGAAUUUCGUUCGAGGAGUUUAGUUUGCAUAUCAACAAUGUGGACUAUCCUUAUCAGAAGGAAAAGAGACGAGCGGAUAUUGGCCGAUUAAAGACGAAAGCAGAGCAAUCCUUGAACAAACCAGAGCUGUCAACUGAAACGGGACAUACUGAAGUAUGA